AUGGGCAAACUAAUUCGGCUUGAGUUGUUCAACUUCAAGUCCUACAAGGGCCACCAUGUUCUCCUCUUCGGCGAUUCCUACUUCACCUCCAUUAUUGGUCCCAAUGGUUCCGGCAAGUCCAAUUCCAUGGACGCCAUCUCCUUCGUUCUUGGUAUCAAAUCUUCUCACCUCCGCUCAACUCAUCUACGCGACUUGGUUUACCGUGGCCGUGUUCUGAAGACUUCCCGAAUCAAUGCCGAUGGAACUGCUACCGAAGUCCCCGAAGGCGACGCUCAAGACCCCGACCCUGAAUCUGGUGCACAAGAGCAGGACCAAGACACUCAGACAAGCACUCAACGCCCAGAUCCCACCAAUGCUUGGGUCAUGGCCGUUUACGAGGACGAUGCUGGAGACGAACAAGCUUGGAAACGCUCCAUCACUUCUACUGGCCAAUCUGAAUACCGCAUCAACAACAGACUCGUCUCCGCCAAGCAGUACAACGAAGCCCUUGAAGCCGAGAAUAUCUUGAUCAAGGCUCGCAACUUCCUCGUCUUCCAGGGCGAUGUCGAAGCCAUCGCUUCUCAAAGUUCAAAGGAUCUUACCAGAUUGAUCGAGCAAAUCAGCGGCAGUCUUGAGUACAAGGCCGACUACGAUCGUCUCAAGAUCGAGGCCGAAAAGGCUGCUGAGGACCAAGCUUUCAGAUUGAACCAACGUAGAGGCAUCAACUCCGAGAUCAAGCAAUAUCAGGAGCAGAAACGUGAAGUCGACAACUACAACCGUAAAGCCGACGAGAAAGAUCAGGCUGUCGUUACUCAUGUUCUCUGGAAGCUGUAUCACUUCCAACAAAUGGUCGAAUCGUCCGGUGCUGAGAUUCAAAAACACCAGGACGAGCUGAAGGAGUACCGAAGAAACGUUGAGGCUUACGAGGCCAGGCUUGCAGAAGCACAACAAGAGCAAGCUAGAGCAGGUCGCGAGGUUCACAAGCUGGAACGCAACAUCAAGAACAAGGAAAAGGCUGUUGAGGAGAAGGAGAACGAUCUCUUACCCAUCAACGAGAAAAUCUCCCUAUCCAACAAGAAACUUGAAGCAACACGAAAGCGAAUCACUGAAAUCUCAAAAGAGCGUGAUGCCCAGUCUCGCAACGCCGACCAGUUGAAAAAGGAUCUUGAACUUGUCCAGAGAGCCCAAAGCAGAUGGGAGCAGGAAUGGUCAGCAGCUCAACAGCAAGCAGGUCGUGAGCUUAGCGAGGCCGAUCUCCAAGAAUACAACCGUCUGAGAGGAGAUGUCAACAAGAGAACAGCAGCCGACCAGAUCAAAGUGGACAACAUCACACGUCAACUCAAGACGGACGAAGAGACUGUUGAGAGUUUGAAGAGCAAGGUCGACUCUACAGAAAACCACAUCUCCAAGCUUGACAGUGAAGUAUCCACUUUACGAGCGAGGCGUGAUGAGUUAAUUUCGACUAUUCGCUCUAUCAACAAUGAAGCAGACAGCAAGAAGAAGGAAUUCAACACUCUGACAUCGGAGAGAUUGAGAUCCGCUCAGAAACACACCGAGAUCGAGGAGAAGCUCCAAGAAGUGCUGCACAAGCUCAACGAUGCAUCUGUAUCUCAACGAGAAUCUGAGAAGGAGACACGAGCUCGUGAGACUGUUGCUGCUAUGAAGAGAAUCUUCCCUGGUGUCCGAGGUCAACUAUGGUCGCUCUGCAAGCCGAAGCAGAAGAAGUACAACGUCGCCGUCAGCACUGUCCUCGGUCGCCAUAAUGAUUCCAUUGUAGUUGACACGGAAAAAGUGGCAAAGGAGUGCAUUCAGUACCUUCGUGAUCAACGUGCUGGCCAGGCAACCUUCAUCCCGCUCGACACUAUCAUGCACAAAGCACCAGACGCGAACCUGAAGGGCAUGCAUAGGGGCAUGCGUCUCGCCAUUGACACAAUUGAUUAUGAAAAUGCCGUCGAACGUGCCAUUUCUUUCGCUUGCGGGAACAGCAUUGUUUGCGAUGAUCUACAGAUUGCCAGACAUCUCUGCUACGACAGGCGUGUCGAGGCCAAGGCAGUCACACUUGAUGGAACCAUCAUUCACAAGGGCGGUCUAAUGACCGGUGGACAUGGCUCAAACGACCAACGAAAUGCACGAAAGUGGGAAGAUUCGGAAGUCGAGAACUUGCGCCGCCUGAAGGAUAAGCUGCUGGCCGAUCUGAGUGCUCUACCAAAGGGCCAUCGCCGACAAGCUGAAGAAGAGGCUCUCCAGGGUGAACUUGCUGGUCUCGAGUCACGUCGCGCCUUUGCCGACGAAGAGCUCAAGGCACUUGAAUCGAAUAUCGAGAGCAAGCGCCGCGAGCUGAACUUUGCCAGACGUCAAGUCGAGGAGACAAGGCCGAAGUACGAAGAGCAAGCUCAGGGCGUCACUACUCUGCGUAGCCAGCUCGAGUCAUACUCAUCGUCAGUGGCGACUGUCGAAGACCAAGUCUUUGCCUCAUUCUGCCAACGUCUAGGCUACAGUGACAUACGUGCGUACGAAGCUCAGCAGGGUAGUGCCCAGCAAGAGGCUGCACAAAAGAAGCUCGAGUUCACUACCCAGCGCAGCAGAUUGGAGAACCAGCUUGCCUUUGAGACACAACGUCUGCAGACAACGAAGGACCGCAUUGCUAAGUUGCAGAGCGACGUUAAGGAAGCUCAAGCCAACAUUGCAAGCCUCGAAUCUGAGCGUGAUGAUCUCAAUAACGAGCUAGAUGAACUGAAUGCCGAAGUUGAGCAGAUGAAUGAGCAACUCAUCACACGCAGAACGAAGUACGACGAGAAGUCUGACAAGGUUGCUGAACACAGACGUGAAGUCGCAAAACGAUCGAAGUCGAUUGAAGAUACGAACAAAGACAUCACGGCUCUACAAGAAGCAGUGCAGCGGUCAAACUCAGAUCGUUACUCAUUACUUCGCCGAUGCAGAAUCGAGGAGAUCAAUAUCCCUCUUACUUCCCAGAGCAGGAAGCUGGAGACUCUUCCGCUAGAUGGUGGCAUGGCCGCUGAUGAAGACGCCAUGGACGUGGACGAGGAGGUUGCGUCUCAACGCGUGCCCGUUGUCAACGACUACGGCAUUGACGUUGACUUCUCGGACUUGGACGACGAUUUGAAAGAAGACGAUUCCGAACAAUGCGAGGCGACUCUGCAGGAAAUCGUCUCGAACAUACAGGCCGACCUCGACAAGAUGGCACCAAACAUGAGAGCUAUCGAACGUCUCGAAGGUGUUGAAGCACGUCUCAAAUCCACUGAUGAUGAGUUUGAAGCAAGUCGCAAAGCAGCCAAAGAAGCCAAGGAUCAAUUCGACGACAUCAGAGACUUGAGAUCCGAACUCUUUAACAAAGCUUACGAACACAUCUCUGGUCAGAUUGAUCAAGUAUACAAGGAGCUCACACGCACUGCCAGUUUCCCUCUCGGUGGACAGGCAUACCUCGAUCUCGAAGACACUGACGAGCCAUAUCUCAGUGGUAUCAAAUACCACGCUAUGCCUCCGCUCAAGCGCUUCCGUGAUAUGGAGCAUCUAUCCGGUGGCGAGAAGACUAUGGCAGCGCUGGCUCUACUCUUCGCUAUCCACACAUAUGCUCCUUCGCCUUUCUUCGUCCUGGAUGAGGUUGAUGCUGCUCUCGACAAUGCGAACACUGCCCGCCUGGCCAACUAUGUCAAGGAGCAUGCAGGCCCUGGCAUGCAAUUCGUUGUCAUUUCGCUCAAGACUGGACUCUUCCAGAACAGUGAGACACUUGUCGGUGUCAUGAGAGAUCAGACUGUGAACAGCAGUAGGACCUUGACUAUGGAUCUUCGCAAGUACCAGGCUGCAUAA